GGUGACGUCACGGUGGGUUGCCACUUGGGCAGCAGCUGCAGUUUAAAAACCGCUUGGAAAUGGGAAAUUGGAAAUUGCGUGGAAACUUCAGAGCCUGUCGUCGCGGAGUUUUCCCUGAAAAGCUGUUUUCAAUCACGGAACGUCUUCUUUUGACAUAUCUGCGGACAACGCGGGUCAAACAGGUGAUAGGAUCAUGAACAAGAACUCGAUCAGCACUGACCAGGAGCUGCGUCAGGGGGAAUACCUCACCAGUGAAAAUGGCAACUUCAAAGCUGUCUUCCAGGAUGACGGCAACUUCGUCAUCUAUACCUGGUCCCCCAUUUGGGCAUCAAAUACCUAUGGUAAAAACCCAUUUCGAAUCCUUCUGCAACAGGAUAACAACCUGGUUAUGUACAACAAGGAAGAUAAACCUCUGUGGGCGUCUGGCACCUACUCAAACCAGUGCUCUACUAGAUUGCGCCUGACGAUGACUAAUGAAGGUCAACUGGUUCUUGACCAAAAUGGAAAGAGAAUUUGGAGUGUUGGAAAAUAGUAGCAAGGAUAAUUUCAGACAGAAUUCGUGAUGUGGCAAGAAACAUAGUUUGCUCUGAGAUUGAAAUAAAGAGCUCUUAUAUUUAAUUA